AUGGAGCUACCUGUAUUACUCUUUGCCACCUUUCUGGUGUUGGCACUUCAGUUUACAGCUUUAAUAGCUGCUUCAACUACAAUUCAGAAUAGUUUUCGUCAGUGUUUAUCUCGGAAUUCAGAUAUCCCCAUUCCAUUUUACACAAAUUUUUACACCCGUAACAACGCUUCCUUUACAUCAGUUCUUGCAUCUACUGCACAAAACCUCAGGUUUACGAUACCUUCUGUUCCAAAACCUGAGAUUAUUUUUGAACCGUUGAACGUAUCGCAUGUCCAAGCUGCUGUUAUUUGCUCAAAAGAAGUUGGAAUUCAGCUAAGAGUACGUAGUGGUGGCCACGAUUAUGAAGGCUUAUCUUAUACAUCGGAUAUGAAGCGACCAUUUCUUCUACUUGAUUUAUCAAAACUUAAAUCCAUUGUCGUUGAUAUUGAUGAUAACUCUGCUUGGGUUGAAGCUGGUGCAACAAUUGGUCAACUCUAUUAUAGAAUAGCAGAGAAGAGUAAAAUUCAUGGAUAUCCUGCUGGCCUUUGCACAAGCGUAGGCAUUGGAGGGUACAUCACAGGAGGCGGUUAUGGUCCUCUGAUGAGGAAAUAUGGCCUUGGUGCAGACAACGUUGUUGAUGCUCAUGUGGUUGAUGCCAAUGGAACACUUCUUGAUCGAGAAUCCAUGGGUAGAGAUUUAUUUUGGGCAAUUCGAGGUGGUGGAGGGGGGAGUUUUGGGAUUAUCAUUUCGUGGAAGAUAAAGUUAGUUAUGGUUCCAUCAACUGUUACAGUUUUCAAUAUUGUUAAGACCUUGGACAAAGAAAAAACAAAGCUACUGUAUAAAUAUCAAGAAAUUGCACAUAAAGUUGAUGAAGAUCUCUUACUGAGCGUCAAUUUUUUAGUUGUGGAUGCAGCUAUUAAAGGAGAAAAGACCGUGCAAACAUCUUAUAAUGCAUUGUUCCUUGGCGGAACUGACAGACUGCUUAAAGUCAUGGAGAAGAGUUUUCCAGAAUUGGGACUAAAGCAAGAAGACUGUAUGGAGAUGAGCUGGUUUGAAUCGAUGCUUUUUAUAUCUGGAUUAAACGGGUACAAUACAAGUUUAGAAGCUGUAAUCGAAGGCAGAUCUCCAUCCAGGGUUUCUUUCAAAGCAAAGUCUGAUUAUGUGCAGAAACCGAUCCCAAAAACAGGACUUGAUGGUCUAUUAAAAAGGUUUCUUCAGGAGGAUACUCCCUUGAUGAUAUGGACUCCUUAUGGUGGAAAGAUGAGUGAAAUUCCGGAAUCCACAAUUCCUUUCCCACAUAGAAAGGGAAACAGGUUUAUGAUUCAGUACCUAACAGGGUGGUUUGCUGAUGAUAAGGAUGUAGAAGCAAAACACUUUGGUUGGAUUCACGAUGUUUACAGCUACAUGGAAAGAUAUGUUUCAAGAUCUCCAAGAGCUGCAUAUGUGAAUUACAGAGAUCUUGAUUUGGGAAUGAAUAAAGAUAGAUCGACAAGUUUCCUGGAGGCAAGUUCUUGGGGUACCAGGUACUUCAAAAACAAUUUCAAAAGAUUAACAAGCAUAAAGAGUAAGGUCGAUCCAGACAACUUUUUCUACCAUGAACAAAGUAUCCCAAGAUUAAUGUAAGAAAUCAAGAGAAAGUACUCACUUGGCCAGUGGACGAAGAUAUCUGGUAUAAUGCUUUGUUCGAAUUAUGAAAAAUAAAAUUAUGAAAAAUAAAAUGUCACUGUGACAAUUUGACAUGUUUACAGAUUUCUUUCGUUUUUCAUGCAUUGAGAAUUCUUUAGUAAGCAAUUUUUGAUGUUUUGUAUUGGACGGAGAGGGUAGCUUAUACGAAAAUGAGAAUUUGUCAGGUGGUUUCUGAAA